CACGGGCCGCGUCAUCUUCGGACAAUGAGGAAGGUUGCUCUGCUGCUGAUUGUGCUGCUCGGCGUGGCACACUUUGCGACUGUCAGCCGAUGUGAAGAUGAUGUUGCAGAGGAGAAGGUGGAGACUGAUGAAGAGGAAAGUGAUGAUGAUGAGGAUGAUGAUGAUGAUGAUGACACAGAGGUGAAAGAGGAAAACGGAGUGCUUGUUCUGAACGACAACAACUUUGAAACUUUCAUGGAGGGCAAAGACACAGUUCUGAUUGAGUUUUAUGCUCCAUGGUGCGGCCACUGUAAACAGUUUGUCCCAGAAUAUGAAAAAAUAGCUCAGGCUCUUAAGGAGAAUGACCCACCUGUACCUGUGGCCAAAGUUGACGCCACAGUAGCCAGCGACUUAGCGACCAGGUUCGAGGUGUCGGGCUAUCCCACAAUUAAGAUUUUGAAAAAUGGGGAGCCUGUCGACUACGAUGGAGAAAGAACAGAGAAAGCUAUUGUGGCCAGGGUCAAAGAGGUGGCUCAGCCAGAUUGGAAGCCCCCCCCUGAGGCGACGCUGGUGCUGACCAAGGACAACUUUGAUGACACCGUCAACAAUGCGGACAUCAUCUUGGUGGAGUUCUACGCUCCAUGGUGUGGACACUGUAAGCGUUUGGCUCCAGAAUACGAGAAGGCAGCCAAAGAGCUCAGCCAGCGCUCUCCUCCCAUCCCUCUGGCCAAGGUGGAUGCCACUGUGGAGAGUGAGGUCGCCUCACGUUUUGAAGUCACAGGCUACCCCACACUCAAGAUCUUCAGGAGAGGGAAGAUGUUCGACUACAACGGGCCCAGAGAGAAGCAUGGGAUUGUUGACUACAUGGGUGAGCAGUCAGGGCCUCCCUCUAAGCAGAUCCAGGCACAGAAACAGGUGCAGGAGCUGAUCAAGGAUGGGGAUGAUGCUGUGAUUGUCGGUGUGUUUUCCGGUGAACAGGACGCGGCUUAUGAAAUCUACAUUGAAGCCUGUAAUGCCCUGAGAGAAGACUUCACCUUCCGUCACUCGUUCAGUUCUGAUCUUGCAAAACUGCUCAAUGCUUCGCCUGGUCAGGUUGUCAUUGUUCACCCAGAGAGGUUCCGCUCAAAGUACGAGCCAGCUUCACACACACUUACAGUGAAGGACUCUACGUCUGUGUCAGAAGUGCAGGACUUUUUCAAAAAGCAUGUGAGUCCUCUGGUGGGCCACAGAAAACCAAGCAAUGACGCCAAGCGCUACGCGAAAAGACCCAUGGUGGUUGUUUACUAUGGAGUUGACUUCAGCUUUGACUACAGGAAAGCCACACAGUUCUGGAGGUCCAAGGUGCUUGCAGUGGCCAAGGACUUCCCAGAAUACACCUUUGUCAUCGCUGACGAGGAGGACUACGCUGAGGAGCUGAAGGGCCUGGGUCUGAGUGAGAGCGGAGAGGAAGUGAACGUAGGAAUUCAGGGAGAGGGAGGCAAAAAGUACGCCAUGGAGCCUGAGGAAUUUGACUCUGAAGUGCUGAGAGACUUUGUAAUGGCUUUCAAGAAAGGGAAGCUGAAGCCCAUCAUUAAAUCCCAGCCAGUGCCAAAAAACAACAAAGGACCAGUUAAGGUCGUGGUCGGAAAAAACUUUGACGACAUCGUCAUGGAUACCCAGAAGGAUGUCCUGAUUGAGUUUUAUGCUCCCUGGUGUGGCCACUGUAAGAAACUAGAGCCCGAUUUUUUGGCUCUGGGCAAGAAGUACAAAGGGGAGAAGAACCUGGUGAUCGCCAAGAUGGACGCCACAGCCAACGAGGUGCCAAACGAAAACUACAAAGUGGAAGGCUUCCCCACAAUAUACUUUGCCCCAAGCAACAGCAAGCAGAGCCCCGUCAAAUUUGAAGGUGGAGACAGAACAGUAGAGGGCUUCAGCAAGUUUGUGGAACAGCACGCCACGAAGCUGUCGCAGAAGAAAGACGAACUUUGAAAAUAUUGCUCUCUAUGAGUAGCGAAGAACUCAAAGUGUGCUUGAGCGGACUCUCAGAGGGGAAAAGCAGGAGAGGCAAAUGGAGUUACUGUGAUGACCAAUCAUCGUUUUAGUUUCUGUUCAUUCCAAGAGAUUCAGCUUUCUUCUGUUUCUAAAAGCAUGUAAGCACUUGUUGGAGAUUUCAGUCUUUUUAAAUAAAACCAAAAAUGAUGGCA